GGAGUAGUAACGGCAGAGAUACCAGAGCGUGGAUGAUGUCUGUCACAUGAAGUCACCGAAGCGCGGCUAGUUAUUUAAACUGUAAGGGAAACAGUGCCUUAAAAAACAGACAAAAAAACUUCUGUCAGUGUUCCUUCUCAUGGUUUAUAUCCCCUCUCAGCUGAAUAUCAGAGUAGUACUGACGGUAAUGUAGCGGGGUGGAGCUAACAGCUAGCAUUCGUUACUUAACCUAGUAGCAGUUGGUUAAAGAGCCACUGAGGAGCACAGAGACGACUUAAAAGUUAAACAGCAGGAGUGGGAGAUCAGACCGAAAUAAACCUUCGACUUGGUGUGAGCUUUACAAGCUCUCACCUUUGGGAGCACCCCUCGCCCUCCUUGUCAGCCAAAUGUAUGAGCGUGCUUGGUGAAUCCAGGGGGAUGGGAAGCGGAGUCCAGGAGCAGCGAGCCUCACUGACGCAGGGAGAGGUGCUGCCCAUCUCUUCCUCCAGUCAGUCUGAAGCAAGCUUUGAGGGCAUCAAACAAACUCGAUCUGUUCUCAACGCUCUCUUCUCUGGGGCUUUAGCCGGAGCCGUGGCUAAGACCGCCGUAGCCCCUUUGGAUCGAACAAAAAUAAUCUUCCAAGUGUCCUCAGCAAGAUUCUCAGCCAAGGAAGCGUAUAAGCUGAUCUACCGCACCUAUCUGAAGGAUGGCUUCUUCAGUUUGUGGAGAGGGAACUCUGCUACAAUGGUGCGAGUCAUCCCCUAUGCUGCCAUCCAGUUCUGUGCUCAUGAGCAGUACAAAAGGCUGCUGGGAGGAUAUUAUGGCUUUCAGGGGAAAGCCCUUCCUCCAAUCCCUAGGUUGGUGGCUGGAUCAAUGGCUGGAACCACAGCAGCCAUGCUGACCUACCCACUGGACAUGGUGAGGGCCAGAAUGGCUGUAACCCCCAAGGAAAUGUACAGCAAUAUUCUGCAAGUUUUUGUGCGGAUCUCUCAAGAAGAGGGCUUGAAGACUUUGUAUCGAGGUUUCUCUCCGACCAUCCUUGGUGUCAUCCCCUAUGCUGGUCUCAGCUUCUUUACUUAUGAAACACUAAAGAAGUUGCACGCAGAGCACAGUGGCCGCGCACAGCCUUACUCAUAUGAACGCCUGGCUUUCGGGGCCUGCGCCGGCCUGAUUGGUCAGUCGGCGUCCUACCCUCUGGAUGUGGUGAGACGACGCAUGCAGACUGCAGGGGUGACGGGUCACACUUACGGCACCAUCCUGGGCACCAUGAAAGACAUCGUUUCUGAGGAAGGGGUUAUCAGAGGACUCUACAAAGGCCUCAGCAUGAACUGGGUCAAAGGACCGAUAGCUGUGGGAAUCAGCUUCACCACCUUUGACCUAACGCAGAUUCUGUUGAAGAAGCUGCAUCAAAUGGGAUAUACCCGGUAGAACCAGAGGGAACAGAGCCACACGAUUCCACCCGGAGAACCAUUAUUGGUGGGAAGAAACAGACGUACAGUGACUAACAAUGGCUUGUAGGGUUGGAAUGUAGGGCGAAUCUACAGCAUCCACUGCAACCUGUUGUCAAGUGCAAUAUGAUGAGUUUAAUGUAUGCAUAGGUGGUAAUGCUGCAGACCUGUGGAGAGAGAUUUCUGGAGGUUUGCACACACAGGUCCACCACUGGGGGGUUUAACAUUUAACCAAAGGUUAUAAUUGGAGUCUGUUGCAAAAUAUGUGUACAUUUUGCUUCUAAGGCUUAGAACAUUAACAGUGGCAUGUGGAUUAGUUAUGUUUGGGAUUAAAAUGUUUCAACUGUAACCCCAACAAUUAAUGUGAGAACAGACCUGAUCUAUGCUAUGAGAUCGGUGUGCUAAAAGGGCCCGUAUUGUUUAUGUAGACAUCAGGGUAAAAGUAUUAGCUUUUUGGAGGGAUUAUGGCGGUCCGCUUUUAUUGUUGCACAUUUUCCACCCCCUGUCACAAUGCCAUGAUCUGUGAAAGUUAAGCAAUAUGAUAAUUACCUCUAAUCUGUUACUUUAACAAAUGGAACUACCUGAUGUAAUCCAGUAAGACACCACAAAGUAAAAAGUUUACAGCUUCCUUGCUGCUCACACUUUGGCAACAUUGGAAGUUUGUAUUGAAGCAGACUGUUCAGGGCUGAGGCCUUUUAAUUACCCUUCUUAUCUGUGUAUGUGUGAUGUCUUCCAUUUGCCGUCAGUAAAGACAGCUUUGUGUGUGUUUCCAUACGUCUCUGUGCCAGUGAAAGGUCACUGUAUCGAAUCUGAGAUCUCCCAUUUAGGGAUGAUUGAGGAUAAGAUGGCUGGAAAUAUGAGAACACCGACAAAAUGUGUGAUUUCAAUGUUUUAUUGUACGUUCAAUGGUGAGGUAGCUCAUCAGCUCAACACUGAGGCGUCAUUGAUGCAGGCUGACUGUCACUAACAAAGGCUGCUGGUUUCUAUAGUUAGAUCUGACAUACCAAGGCAGGAUUGGUUGAGCUGUGAGGUUCUAACUGCAGAGCCAAGUGGAGCAGAGAGCAGGUCAUAGCAUCCACACCACAACAUGGCAGAAAGACUCGACAGAGUUCAUACACAGGAUGUCAUGAUUUGUUUUUAGUCUUUAUUUUGGUGCCCUCCAAACUUAUUUGCAUCCAUUUUUAAGAUAUGUAGGAAAAAGGGAAAUUUCUUUAAGAUGGAAAUUAAUGAAAUUAUUAAAAAUGUCAGAUAUAAUCUGGAAAGAGAAGCUGAACCACAGUGUAACAGAUCCUCCACUGUACCCAGCAUGAAGUCCUUUUCCACAUGUUCAUGUUUGUUUUUUAACUCAUUUGACCAAUUAAACAGUUUAUUUCUCAGUAGAGAUGAGAAAUCUCUAAAAGUUCAACAUUGUUUUAAAAGGACAAAAGAUAAUUUUCUUGCAAACAUGUGGAAACCCCUAGAUGCCAAAAUAUACUAUUUUUCUUGGACCCCUAAGUCGAUGAUUGCGAUCCGUAUCUGGUACAAAGAUAAACUUUUAUACAGUUGCUUAUUUUCUUUUAUUCUGACUCUAGAUUAUGAGCAGCAGAGUGCAUUAUUUUGAUUUGAAAAAUGGGAAAAGUAGCUAAGAGAAUUUGGUAUCUGAUAUUUUUUUUGAACUCCAGAGAAUUGGAAAUCUAUGAAUAAUUACUUAAAAGGUUCCAAAGUUUAUAAUAGAUGUUUAAUUAGAUAUAAAUUAGAGCUGACCCUGAGUUUAACACCAUAUAUAUUUUUUGACAUUUUACCAUAUGAAAGUGUCCGCCUGCAUACAUGACACUUCUUUAAAAUAUAAAUUUAAUUCAAAGUGUUUGACAGUUUUUGUUCUUUUCUUUUAACCUGUGUUGCUAUUGAGCGCGAAGGCGGCUAUUCAGUUAAGACUCACUGAAGCACAAAGCUGUCGAAAUGUUUGCAAUCUGUGUAUCUCAGCUAAUCAGUAAUGUUUUUGUGUGUCUACUAAUUUACUAGUAACACAAGGAGCAGAAAAUGUUGUUUUUACAUUGAUUGUUUACUACUGCUGGAGAAAUUAGCAAAUUAACAGUAAGGGAACCAAUUAGACGCUACUUUCUGUUGAAUUCGAUCCAUAUCAGGAUCGAUGAUUAAAAGUCUGGUUUUCUCAAUAGUUUGCUAGAUAUAAAAAAAGAAAAGGAUGAUGUUGGAGGAGUUUUAACAUGUUCCAUCACUGACCUGAUGGAAGCCAGCUUAAUCAAUGCCUGCAUUUAGUUAGCCUUUUGCUGCACUCCAGUCGUGUUACGCUGCAGUUUGCCUCACAUGGAUGCUGUUCUGAUUCUUUAGUCCUCUGAGCUGCAGUGCAAAGCAACCUCCUUGAUGUGAUAUUUUGCAGAACUGAUUUAAAGCAACUAUUAACUGCCAAUUGUAUCAAUAUCAAUGACUUAUCCAACCUAGGAGCGAGAAAUAAACUCUAACCAGCUUUAAUGCUGUAACCGGUGUGAGAGGCUGAAAUAAGAUGGUAGCUAAAGCCCAACCGUAGGGUGAUCCUGACACUGAAGUGCCUAACCAACAGAAGUAUUUUUACUGUAACGGAGUUAAAUCUGCUAACCGCCCUCAUGGUUUUUAUCCAGUUUUGAAGCAAUGAGUGUGUGAGAGGCAGUAGUUUCAGAGAGGUUUUAAUCUCCGUGACUGAAUGUAUUAACUACUGUACCGGUCCAGAUUUGCUAUGUGAAUCUUUGUAAAUCUUUAACUGCCUUGUGGAGUUUUUUUGUCUGAUGUUUUAUCGUUGCUAUUAUAUGAGAUCCACAGUUGUAUUACAACACUUUUUUUUUGGCUGAUUUGAAUAUAGCUUCGUUUUAAAAGUGU